CUAUUUUCUGUAGGCUUUUCACUGUGCAUAAUACUCUUAACACGAAAAAUUAUAUUAAUUAUAGUUCUAAUAAUUAUAAUUAUGGCAACAUCGAGUAUACGAAAGCACAGCGCAUCUGUGAUAUUCUUCCACGGUUCUGGCGAUACUGGACCAAAUCUAAUAGAAUGGGUCCGGUUUUUACUUGGGCGAGAUUUUGACCUUUCACAUGUAAAAUUGAUAUACCCAACAGCUCCAACGCAAAAAUAUACACCAUUAAAUGGACAGCUGUCCACAGUGUGGUUCGAUCGACGAUCAGUUAAUAUCGCAGCACAAGAAAGCAAAAAGAGCAUGUCGCAGAGUUAUGAAAUUGUCCAGAAGCUAAUCCAGAAUGAAAUAGACCUUGGUAUACCCUUGAAUCGCAUAAUUGUCGGUGGGUUUUCAAUGGGUGGGGCUUUAGCUUUACACACUGGUUACCAUCUAAAUACUGGUCUAGCUGGCGUAUUUGCCCACUCAUCUUUCCUCAAUCGUAAAUCUGUGGUCUACGAAUCUUUGGAAAACCAAAAACAACCAAAAAGCACACUGCCUGAACUUCGUAUGUUCCACGGAGAGCGCGAUACACUGGUUCCUCUAGAAUGGGGGCUGGAGACAUUUGAAUCCCUGCAAAAAUUGGGUAUCACAGGCACAUUUAUACCUUUAAAGAACACAUUACACGAACUAAAACGAAGCUCACUUCUCGAUUUGCAGGAAUGGAUAGCAAAAAAGUUGCCGCCUUUAAAUACUGAUAUUUCUAAUAAACUUUGAUAAAAUAUAGAGACCAUUUAUUUUUAAUAAAUG